AAACAGAGAGAUUCUUUGCUUGUUUCUUUUGUACUUUCGCUUCUGUAGAUACGAUUGAGAAAGCAAACAGAUAUUUACCACUGUUUUUUCCCGAUCGAUCUUUUCAAACUAUUUUUUUUAAUCGGAAAAAAGGAUUCAGUGAGAUUUUUUUCUUGUUAAGCUGCCUUGACCUGUUAUACAUUGUUGCUUCUCCUCUGUCACUUGAUUGAUUUGAUUUUUGACAGAAUCGAUUCGUCACUCGUCUCUCUUACUUUUUUUGGGGAAUAAAAUCGCAUAAUAAAUGUCCCAAAGAUUUCUCUAGUGUCCCAUUUCUAAGCAUUCAAACAGAUUUUUCUUAAAUCUUUCCAGGAAAAUUCUAAGUUUCUUCUUCAUCUCAAAAGCUUCCUUGUAUUUAUUGUUUCCUAACUUUUUACUUUAAAGAAAGUAAGAAGAUGAAUACGCAGAGUUUUACCCUUCACAUUGAAAAGCUAAAUUCAUCAUCAUCAAUUGGUUUUGUCCUUUUUAUUCACAUUUAUUACGGUUGCUAAUGUUGUGCAGCCAUUGAUGGUCUAUAUGUAGGCUUAGACACAGAACAAACCCCACUCGUGCCUGGCUAUCAAUAUAGACUGAACCUUAAAGAGGAAAUAAAAGCAGCAGCGCUCUCUAAUCAAACACGCAGAUAUCGAAACAAAAGGCAAGAGAGAACACAAAAAAAAAAGAGACAAAGAUGUUUACUUGCAUAGCUUGUACGAAAGCAGACGGAGGUGAGGAAGUCGAUAAUGGAGCGCGUGGAGGCACCACUCCCAAUACUAAAGAAGCCGUCAAAAGCCUAACCACACAGAUUAAAGAAAUGGCUAUAAAGUUCUCUGGUGCCUAUAAACAAUGCAAGCCAUGCACUGGUUCCACUACCAGCCCCAUGAAGAAAGUCCACAGACCGUUCCCAGACUAUGAUAGCGCUUCUGAAGGUGUUCCGUAUCCUUACAUGGGUGGAAGCCCCGGUUCAACUCCUGCUUGGGACUUCACAAACUCCUCUCACCAUCCAGCAGGGAGGUCGGAACCAAAGUUCACUUCAAUCUAUGGAAACGAUAGGGAAUCUAUAUCUGCUCAGUCUUGUGAUGUGGCACUAGAUGAAGAAGGGCCUAAAGAGUGGAUGGCUCAAGUAGAACCAGGUGUCCAUAUCACAUUCGCUUCGCUUCCCACCGGAGGAAAUGAUCUUAAACGGAUCCGCUUCAGCCGGGAGAUUUUCGACAAGUGGCAAGCUCAGCGGUGGUGGGGUGAGAACUACGACAAAAUCGUCGAGCUUUACAAUGUCCAGAGAUUUAACCGCCAAGCUCUUCAAACGCCUGCAAGAUCCGAGGACCAGGUAAAAAAAAAAACACGUGUCCAGAAAGCUCUACCCUCUAGACAUGAACCUUGUGUGAAUGUGGUCUUGUUUAUUUUUUUUAUUUUUUUCCAGUCUCAGAGAGAUUCAACUUACUCAAAGAUGGAAUCAGCGAGAGAGAGCAAAGACUGGACUCCAAGACACAACUUCAGACCUCCAGGAGCUAAUGUCCCGCAUAAUUUCUAUGGUGGCUAUGCUCACCAUGGAGGACCUCCAAUGGAUGCAGCACGAACCACUACUUCGUCAAGAGAUGAGGCACCGUCUAUGAGCAAUGCUAGUGAAAUGCAGGCUGAGUGGAUCGAAGAGGACGAGCCAGGCGUUUACAUUACUAUCAGACAAUUAGCAGAUGGGACUAGAGAGCUACGUCGAGUCAGAUUCAGCCGGGAACGAUUUGGGGAAGUGCAUGCAAAGACGUGGUGGGAGCAGAACAGAGAGAGAAUACAAACCCAAUAUCUCUAGGAACAGAGAAAUAUCAGGCUUUUCAUAAUCUUUAAUUAACUAACUAAUUAGUUAAUCUCCUGCACACAACAAUACAUCUAUACACAUUUUGGUUAUCUUGUUUUAUCUUGGCUUAAUACCUAUACGUAAAUUAAUCAUCAUCGAUCAUUAAGCUAAACAUACAACCAUCAUCAACAGUUAAAACCUAACAUACACAAGUUGUGAAGCUAUACUAUAUAAAAGUUGAGACAAGCCAUUGAGAAUGUUAAGUUUAAAAAAAAAGGCCAUUGAGAAUGUUCGUUUAAGAUUUUACUGUUAUUUCUACCUUUGACAAAAAGUGUUAUUUCUACAAUUAGUAUAUGCAUAAAUAAAACUGACCCCGGUUGAAAUUUUUUUUAGCUCCGCCACUGCUGUCAAACACCUGUUUUCUUGCAGCUGUCUCAGAGUCAAAGUAAAUACGUGCCG